UAGCACAAUCACUUCGGGGUUUUUUUUUUCGGCUACUACGGUUUUGUGCUUGUUUGACCAAUCCCUCAGCGCGGAUCAGUUCGGGGAGCGAAUUUGGACUCGAUUCGCUUGUGUAGAAAAAAUCCUCAUCCACCCCCCCACUGACUGUCAGCGACACCGGGAUUUCUCCACCUUAGAAAACCCCCCUGAACAUAAAAUAAUGGACAGGACGGAUCUGAUCCAGAAGGCCAAGCUGGCGGAGCAGGCUGAGCGCUAUGACGACAUGGCAGACUGCAUGAGGGAGGUGACGGAGAUGGGAGGCGAGCUGUCAAACGAGGAGAGGAACCUGCUCUCUGUCGCUUACAAAAACGUGGUCGGGGCGCGGCGGUCCGCCUGGAGGGUGAUGUCCAGCAUCGGCCUGAAGACCGAGAGCAGCGAGAAGAAGCAGCAGAUGGUCAAGGAGUACCGGGAAAAGGUGGAGAAGGAGCUGGAAGACAUUUGCAACAAUGUUUUGAAACUGCUGGAUAAUUAUUUAAUCACCAACUCCAAAAACCCAGAGAGCAAAGUCUUCUAUCUAAAGAUGAAGGGAGACUACUACAGAUACCUGGCAGAAGUCGCCUCUGGAGACAACAAAUCGAAAACUAUUGAAAACUCACAGCAAGCGUACCAGUCUGCGUUUGACAUCAGCAAGACUGAGAUGGAGCCCACACACCCCAUCCGCCUGGGACUGGCCCUCAACUUCUCAGUCUUCUUCUACGAGAUCCUGAACUCCCCAGAUAAGGCCUGCGAGCUGGCCAAGAAGGCGUUUGACGACGCGAUUGCAGAGCUGGACCAGCUUCAUGAAGAGUCCUACAAGGACAGCACCCUCAUCAUGCAGCUGCUCAGAGACAACCUGACACUAUGGACAUCGGAUAACGCUCCUGAAGAGGGCAACGCCGGAGAAGGAGAAGCCGGCGAGACGGAGAACUAGAGCAUGCAUGCCCCCACUGCUGGGAAAACGAUGAUUUUAAAAAAGAAAUUACGAAUAAAUCAACUUUCCUCGUUAUAUGCUCCAUAACACUCCACUGCUACAUUCCAUUGCUGAAAAAUGAUCUUAAACAACCGAAAUAAAGUCUUUCAACAGAUCAGAUUUGGAGACUUCCUUCCAUUCCUGUAGUUUUUCUCUCGGCCUUCCCAUCUUGUGCAGGUUCAGCUGUAGAAAAGUAAAUCGGAAGCUGAUUUAUGAGACCCCGAUCCCUGGAAAGUUGAAAACCUGAUCAUCUCAUUGCAUCGUUUCGCAGUUUUUCUACCAGAUUACGUGGUACUGUUACUUUUGCUCUGGGUUUAAUUUGAACUAAAUGUAAUUUUUUUAUUCUUCAGGGAAAAGCCGGUGCACUUUCACUUGCUGGCUGAAGAUGUUUGAACACAGCCAAGUACUGCCCAGUGGUUUGAACGUUCACUCCCUGCCAGUCCUGAUCCCAGUGAUGCGUUCGCUGACGUCUGCUUGGGGUGAACUUACUGAUGCCAAUUAGUUUGUCAGUGGAGAGAAGCCAUUCCUGAUCCUUCACUUCUCUUGAAAUUUUACACUGGAAUGGGAACAAAUUUAUUUUUAGCCACUCUACAGAAGUGAAAUUUGUUGGUCUGUUUGGUGAUGUACCAUGUUUUGUUUUGUUUUUGUUUUGGGUUUUUUUUUGUUGAGAUUUGGACCACUUUUUUGUUUUCUAAUGAAUUCAGUUGGUAGUCCUUAAACGCCUCGUGGAACUGUUGAAUCCUGAUGCAUCCACUAUGUUAACAUGAAUAAAACAUUUUAUAAGCCACGUCAA